GCCAACCUGUCCUUUGUAGACAUCUGUUUCACCUCCACCACCAUCCCCAAGAUGCUGUGGAACAUCCGGACUCAGAGCAAAGCCAUAACCUAUGCAGGAUGCAUCACUCAAAUAUACUUUUUUGUACUCUUCGCUGGAUUGGAUGACUUUCUGCUGGCUGUGAUGGCCUAUGACCGAUUCGUGGCCAUCUGUCACCCCCUGCAUUACACGGUCAUCAUGAACCCCCAGCUCUGUGUGCUGCUGGUUCUGGUGUCUUGGAUCUUGAGUGCCCUAGAUUCCUUAUUGCGAAGCUUAAUGGUGUCAUGGCUGUCCUUCUGUAUAUUGGUGGACAUCUCCCACUUUUUCUGUGAAAUCAAUCAGGUGGUUCGACUUGCUUGUUCUGACACCUUUCUUAAUGACAUGGUGAUGUAUAUUGCAACCAUGCUGCUGGCUGGCGGUCCCCUCACUGGGAUCCUUUACUCUUAUUGUAAGAUAGGUUCCUCCAUACUUAGGAUCUCAUCAGCUCAGGGCAAGUAUAAAGCAUUUUCCACCUGUGCAUCUCACCUCUCAGUUGUCUCCUUAUUUUAUUGUACAGGCCUAGGAGUGUACCUUAGCUCUGCUGCUACCCAGAGCUCCCACGCAAGUGCAGUGGCCUCGGUGAUGUACACGGUGGUCACGCCC